AUGGGCGAUGAUGAAGUGGAAACGGGGCACAGCAGAUACUGCCACCAUCCGACAAUGAGUAAUACUCGAAUGAUUGUUAUGGAAUAUGAUGAUGAAGAUGAAGAUCCGUCACCAGUGAAAUCUACUGUUUCGAAGGGACGACCAACGAAUUCACCAUCAUCUUCCGACGGAACUUCUCCUCGAGCGGAAGCUGCGGCUUUGGCUGGUUUGCAAGCAGCAACAGCAACGAUGGAAAGGGGAGCUGAUCAAAAGCAAAAACCAAGUUUUGCAGAAGCUCAUUGUUCGGAGAGUGGUGGUCCCUGUGACACGGACACCGAUUGUUGUGAAACUCUCGGCUGCUCACAAAUGGGCGAUAAUGAAGUAGAAACUGGAAACAAUUAUUGUUACUGCUAUUGA